AUCUAUGGUCUAAAUCUUGAAGUUGCCAAGUUGAAAGUCAAACGUACAUAAAAUUUUUAGAGUUUAUUUUUUUUAAAACACAUUAUUCACAAAACGUCCUGUGUAAGAAAUGCAAUGUGAAAUAAAAUAAUAGACGAACUGCUAGCAGAAUAUACAAUAACUAUGGGCAAAUUAAAAGAAGUAUGUGAAGACGCAAAGGUCAUAUACAAGAAAUCUCAUAACACAAUGACGACGCAGUCCAGAACUUGCUCUGGCUUUUCGCAGUACCAAAAUAAAUAUGAAAUAAUUGAGCACAAUUCACAUACUAAUCGAACUGAAACUAAACAAGGCAAAAGAGAUUUUAGCAUAGAAACGGAAAUUUGUAUUUUAAGAAGACAUUACGGUAACAAACGCAAUAAGAUAUCGGAUAAAACUAAAUCCAAAUAUUCAAUAGGAGGUAAAGACAUUAAUAAUGAGGAAGUCAAAAACGAUGGGAGUGCAUGCGGAGAUAAUGAAAACAAAGAAAGUACUAAAUCACGCAAAGACGUAACUCGUAUUCUACUUGACAACCUAAAAGGAUUAAUUAACUGCUUGAUUCAAAAUUAUUUAUUGGAAAAUGGAGCGAACAAUCAAAGAAAAGCAACAGUUCUAGACUCAAUUUUUCAUCAAAAAGAAGUACAUGUUAAUGAAAUAGCGUCGUGCUCAACCUAUAUUUUAAAUAAAUCAAACACUGACCCCGCGAAUAAAAACAAAAGUUUAGACACAUCUGUGAUGAUAUGCAAAUAUUGUAACCGAAAAACAUCGGUUUAUAAGAAAUCGACAAAGUUCGACAAAGUCAUCACUAUUCAUUCUUGCCCGGGCUCUUUUAAGAAACUAGGAGGAAUCUCGACAUUAAGCAUGCCAAGAACUAAAAACAAAAGUAAUGAAAGUUUCUAUAAAGUUAAACAAAUUCGACGAAAGCACAUAAUUUUGUCGUUCAAAGAGUCCAAUAGGCUACUCGAAUGUUCCAGUUUCGAUUUAUUAGCUGUGUCAACAAAGUCGUUGACAAAACGUUUUGGAACUUAUCACGUCCAAGAAAGACAAAAGAGAAAAGACAAAGGAAUUAUGACUACAAAAUCAUUUUGUAAAACUGCUUCAAACUCUACACGUACUAAACGGAGCACACAUGAAGACAGUUCUCAUGGAAAUAUAGAAAUUAAAGGCACAAUAGAAGUUCUUGAUAUAGAUGAAGCAACUAGUUUACUUAAAACAAUUUAUGCAGAGAACGACGUUAAAAAUCAACUAGUCCCAAAUGAUCGUGUGCAACAUGAAAAUGCCCACGGCGAGUCUAACCCUAGCCCAGAAAAUAAGACUACUAUAAGAAAUGAUAUAGAGGAAAUAAAAAGGAACGAAAAUCAGUUUCUAAAUGAAGUAAAUAGGAUAGAAUUAAAUGAACACAAUGAUUUAUUAAAGAGUGACAAAAUUACAAACGAAUCAUUUGAGUCCAGUACAAAAAUUGUACAUAAUGAGGAACCAAUACAUAGCUUUUGUGAAAAAGCUAAUAUUUGCAAUAACAAAAUGGCACCUAAUCUGAAAAUAAAGCAAAAAAAGAUCUCAAAAGUGAAUAAAAUAAAACGUAAUAGAAACAAUAAUUUUACGUACUAUUAUAAAAAUAUUCAGCCGAAAGAAACCAGAGCAGAUUAUUUGCAAUAUCUUAAAAGCAUUUUUCAAUAUCUCACUGAUAAUAAAAAAAUUAAAUUAGAGAUCAAUGUUAAUGUACAUCCUAACACAGGCAAGGAGACAAAAAGUGUAUUUGCGUGUGUUUCAGGACACGAUUUCAUAUUUAAUACUCGCAGCAUUGAUAAAACAGAGGCAUACAAUGUUAAGCCCUCAAUUACAUCAGUCAACGGUAAUACAGAAACUAGAAUGAGUCAAGAGAUAAUACCGAUACUAGACGGGGCAGUCAGUCAAACGAAAUAUUUAUAUAACGAAGAAGACACAACAAUUAAUUCUAACAUAUCCAAACAUACCAAUAAAACUUCUAAUGCACAAAUGGUUAGAGAAAUACAAGAACUCCGAUCUGAAAUAAAGAUAUUAUGUUCAAGGACUGAUAAAAUUGUAAACGAACAAAUAAAAAGAGAAAUGAUAAAACCUGAACAUCAAUCGGUCAAUUCUAAACAGUAUUUGGAGAAGUACUCUAAAGGCAUCCAAAUAUCUAAUGAUUUAAAAAAAGGUAUACCCUCGUCUGGAUUAAAAAUAUCAAAAGAACCAAAGAAAGAAAUGGAUUUCUACACUAGAAUGAUGAAACGUAGUUCUUCAUACAACGUCAUAGACAGUGAGUCUGUAAUCAGAGUUACUGACAUGACAUUGCCUUAUGAUAGUUACGCUGAACAAAAAUAUGUAGACGAAGCGUUAUAUUGUUCUCUACCAAAAUCUAAAUCUCUUUUUGAGAUGAACAAUCAAUAUGUAGCGUACUAUUGUGAAAAAUGUUCAAAUUGUAGUAGCAGCCUUAGUCAAGUUAAAACUGAACGCAAAAAGAAAAAAUGUCCCGUGACAAAUUCUUCGUGUGAAUGUAAUGAUGAAUCAGCCGAAGCUUGUGAUGCUCCGACUAUGAGGGAUUCAAAUGUUCAAAGCUUUCCUGAUUGUUCCACAAUAUCCAUAAACGAUGACGAAGAUCUAGAAAUGAAUAAAGUUGUGGUGUUACGCAGAAAUGGAAUGGGUUUUGGUGAAGGUCUAAUCUACUGUUUGAUACUUUGGAUACCUGCCAUAAUUAUAGCGUUUCUCUUUUACGAUUACGUUUUAAAAGAUAUAUUAUUUCAAAGGCCUCGUUCACAUAAGUUAAAUGCGAAAGGUUUUAAUUUGAAUCUGACUGAUUUGGGUUUCUAGUCGUUGUCUUGUUUUUUUUUUUUUGUAAAAAUAGUCGUUUUCUGUAAAUAAAAUUCGGUACUAUUGA